CACUCGGGCGUAUCCGUAUGACCUACUUCAGUGCACGGUGUCCCGACCACGGCAGACAACACGCUCAAGAUAUGUGAUGGCCGACUCAAAGCAAAUACCCGCUGAUGGAAAUACGGAUAUACAGGCAGAUUGUGAAGAUGAUGGCGGGCCAUGUAAAUGGGGAACUUUUAAACCACACUUCUGCCAGAGAUUUAGAAAACCUGGCUGGGUAUUGUUUUGGCUGUGCUGGGUUGGCGGGCUGCAGGGCAUGCUCGUUUCCGGCUUUGUCAACGUCAUCAUCACAACCAUCGAGCGUCGCUUUGAAAUCAGCAGCACGGAGACGGGGACCAUCGUCAGCAGCUACGACAUAGCGUCAGCGAUCUGCCUCAUUCCCGUCAGCUACUUCGGUGGCCUUGGCGUAAAGCCUCGUUACAUCGGCAUCGGAGUUUUCGCACUUGGAGUCGGGUCGUUCCUGUUCGCAUUGCCGCAUUUCACAACGGGGCUAUACACAGUGGAGAACACCCAGGACACUGUGUGUAUCCAAGGAGGGAACGCUACUACUACCUGUGACACCACGACUAACUACGGCAGCAUCUCAAACUACAUGUAUGUAUUCGUGCUCGCCCAACUGCUACAUGGGGCCGGAUCAUCACCGUUUUACACUCUGGGGGUGACGUACUUGGACGAAAACCUUCCCUUGAGGUCGUCAGCGUUGUAUAUUGGUAUCUACUACUCCUGCGUGAUCUUAGGUACGGCUCUAGGGUACCUGGCUGGGGGAGAGCUCCUCAACAUCUGGACCGACGUCGACGUCGUCGACACAUCAAGCCUCUCUAUCACCCCCGACAACCGGAAAUGGGUGGGCGCAUGGUGGCUGGGAUUUGUCAUCAGCGGAGUAAUAGCGUUGGUGAUCAGCGUCCCUCUGGCUGGCUUCCCCCGGGCCCUCCCAGGUUCAAGCAAGUACCGCCAGGAGAAGGAGGCCGAGGUGUACGGCGGGCGGGAGAAGGAGGAACCGGAGGCCGAUGAUGCUACUCAGAAACACGCUGAAGCACAGUCUGAAAAGCGCCUUGUUAAAGAUAUACUCCACUCAACAAAACUGCUGCUUACAAAUCCAACUUUCAUGUUUCUCAAUCUGGCAGGAGCUUCCGAAGCUAUCAUCGUGGGAGGAUUCUCGACCUUCGCACCCAAGUUCCUGGAGUCAGAGUUUAGUCUGCCUGCAGCCAGAGCUGCUCAGUAUGUAGGUUUGGUUGUUAUUCCCGCUGGAGGCGGUGGAACACUCCUCGGGGGUUACCUUGUGAAGCGUUUCAACCUGAAGGUUCGUGGCAUCCUCAGGAUGUGUCUUGCUUCCACGCUGACCGUCUGUGUCCUUGGACUUGGCUUCCUCAUUCACUGUGACAACGUACCCUUCGCCGGUGUCAACGUGCGCUACCAGAACAGCUCCACUAGCCUGAAUAUAGAGUACUUGGGCAAGAGGCUGGACAACACGUGCAACAGCAACUGUGCGUGUACAGAAGAUGACUAUCACCCGGUGUGUGGGCGGGACGGCCUCACGUACUUCUCCCCCUGCUAUGCUGGAUGCACGGUGAUUCAGUAUGGAGAGGUCACGCGCUACAACAACUGCUCCUGCAUCAGCAGCAACGCUACAGACUACAUGGCGGAGUUCACCAGAUGCGAAACCUCCUGCAUGUGGUUGCCCCUCUUCCUCCCUAUAUUUGCCCUCAUGAUGUUCUUUACGUUCGUCAUCAGCAUGCCGUCCCUGACUGCCACGCUCAGGGUGGUAUCACAGAAACAUCGAUCCUUCGGACUGGGCAUCCAGUGGCUGGUCGUCAGAUGUUUGGGUGCCAUCCCUGGUCCGAUCCUGUUUGGCAAGAUGAUUGACCUGUCCUGCCUGCUGUGGCAGAAGCGCUGCGACGGGAACGGCUCUUGCUUCUUCUACGACAACAAGCUGAUGAGCUACUACCUCAUGGCGUUAGGCAUCAGCCUCAAGGCCCUGUCCUCAGUCUUCUUUUUCUUGGCACUAGUCCUGUACAAGAAAUCCCCACACAGGAAGAUAGUUGAAGUGGAUUCGAAACUUGAGAUCACAGCAACCGACGCCAGUGCCAAUGGAAUAGACAAUCCAGUGUUUUAUAAUAGUACUGAAAAAAUCUCAAUUGGUAGAGAGGAUCCAAUUAUUAUAAGUGGUACUACACUGAAAACAAAGUUAUAGCCAUAUCUUAAGUUGUUCCGGGAAACAUACUGCUGAUUAAGUAUACAUCUAUCUCAGGUUUGUUCUGGAAACCAGGGAGUCUAUACAAGUUUCGACUCCCUCAAGAAAGAGACUGCAUAUUAAGUUAUGGAACUAUCUUUGGUUAUGCCUGGAAACAGACUGCUUACUAAGCUGUUCAUCUGUCUCAGGUUAGUCCGGGAAACUGCUGGUUAACAUAUCAAAAAAGACAGGAGAUGGUGGUUUGAUCGUUGGCCAGGAAUUCGGGAAUGGCACGGGAACAUUGCAUUAGGCUUUACUCUGGUCACCCAGAUAUUCAGUGAAGUCUUGCUACCAGACCUGCUCCCUCAUUUCAACAACACAAGGAGGAUUGCUUUGACCAACCAGAUGGUGAAAGUGUUGAACUGACUGACAGGAAGCGUCACCAAGAACUACUAUGAUCAAUAUAUCUGCAAUUUGCAGAGAUCUGAGAGUGCCCCGAUCGACGGCUAUGAUCAUAUGCAGAUACGUUUAUCCGAAUAACCACAACGCUAGUGUUCUCAUGUGGUCGAUGGGGAAAAACUGCUUUGAAACUUGAAAAACAUCGGUCUCGGUUUCGGCGUUUGCUAAUUUAGACCAACAUAGCUAUGAUGCCAUCACUUUAACAGGAUGUUUUGAAGUGCAUGGUGCCAUCACUUUAACUUGAUGCCUUCAACGGCAUGGUGCAAUCACUUUAACAUGAUGCCUUCAACAGCAUGGUGCCAUCACUUUAACAUGAUGCCUUCAACGGCAUGGUGCCAUAAUGGUUAUCUGUUAUCUGUUUAUUAAUAUGUAUGUUUUGUACACGUGUGUUUACGAUAGGUUGUAUUUUGAUGAAUGGACAUAACAAAUACUAUUACUCUACUGAACACUCCAUAUGGACAUCAGGAGGCCAACUGUCCUUGCUCGCCCAGUACAUGUUUACUCCUUCACUCAUUGUUCGCAGUUACUUCCCUUAACUGUAGGGAGACGCUGGUCGCGGGUACGGCGUUCCCAACCUCUUCGAUUAUGUCACUUGGUGUUUUAUCCCCCGUCCCGGGCUCUUUGUUUCGCCAGAGUGGUAAAAAUACACGAUCAACGGCGCUGUGUAACCUGCUUGCGGCACGCCGUCAUUUACCGCCUCACUCUUCACGUCCUGAAUGAAGUGUGCGACGAUAUAUAACCUGUAUAAGCAUAGGACAAGAACUUUAUGUGAAUUGGAUAUCAUGUUCAUUACCUAAUGUUAUGUUACACAUGGAAUGUGCCUGCAAUAUAUACAUGGAAUGUGCCUGCAAUAUACUGAGUUUUCAACCCUGCUGAGAUUAUAAGACUGCCAGUGCGCUGUGCUGUGACGGUCCGGUUGUGCAUAAUAGAAUGAGGGGCAAAGACUCGGUGGAACCUCCAAUACUCACUAAGGCUGAAUGUGCAUGGGUGGCCCGGUAGUAUAUUUCAACUCUCAAUUCACUGAUCACGGUUCGAAUCCCAGAUUUGCAUUAAUUAUGAACCCUGAUCUGUGAAAGCCAUACCCUGCUCGUGGGUGUCACCAAAGCGAUAAACAUCUACGACCUGCGUCACUGUUGAUGAUCCUCUCAUAACAAGCUCUUAAAUAUUUGAAAUCCAAUGAAAAAGCGACAUUGAAAGCAAAAACUACUCAACGCUGAAUGAUAUCAUUCUGUUGGGGAUGAAGAAAUCAAUGAUGAGAUAUCCCCAUGUUAACACUCCAUGUUUUGCUCAUAGUUUCUAACAUACUGGAGGUUUUUUAACCCUAAAAAGCAUAAAGGCAUAUUGUUAGGGCUAGUGAAAUUUAUUUAUGAACAUCUUGUUAACCAUGCGGUGUGUUAACGCAAGUAGUGUACAAUUACAGAUUCAACAGCUGAAAUAUAAGUUAAGUUUAUUUUCCUGACAGUGUUAACGUUUGGCGUUUGGAUCAUUAAAUGGUACGAGUGGUUCUGACACAAGAAAUAUGUAGACACCUCACAGUCCGUCCGACCAUCCACGUGUAAUUAAUAUAAUAAUAUCGUUAACACUCGAGGAAGCCCUGAUAUAGACCAUUUAGUCCAGCGUUGGUGGGUCAAAUAGCGAGGACUGAAAUAUGUAUAAAGUACUAUUUGUAUAAUUAUUUAUUGAGCUCACUAAACAAAACUUCCACUCUGUAAUAAAAAGUAAGAAAAUAAACGACCCAAUUAACACAUCAGAUUUGUGUCCAACGCAAUUUAUUUUCAAAUUUUCACACUCACUCAUGUUUAAUGAAAUGUAGAAGGGGACCUUCUUCGUAAAAAAGCUACACAGAAAGAGUGUUUUACCUCCCGUGUGGAAAAUAUUGUUCAUCCGUUCCAUAAGGAAACAAAAUAUAAUUAAUCACUGAGACUGGUUUCUUCGUCAUUAUCGACUAAUAUCCGAUAUUCAUUUCCCCAGCUUCCAAGUAAUAAAACAAAAACUGUGUCGCUAGUUGCUCCAGGCUGAACUUGCCCCCGUGACAACUGUACAUUUGUUUUAUUGUUAACGCUGACGAUGUCCUUUGUGUUUUACAUGAGUCUAUAAGUCAUAACUUCAGCUCAUGUUGUUUUCUUAUAAAUAUUUUAUGUUUACAGAGUUAUAUUCAUGUACAUAUAUAUAUAUACAUUUUCUUUGAAUUAAAACGUUUUGAAUGAAA